UGCUGGAAAGGACUGAAAUGCCCUUCAUUUAAACCGGUGACAAAGUGGCGAGCAGCGGCCCCGGGCAGCGGAGAUCACAGCGCACAGAGACCACAGAGAGAACAGAGGAAGAGGAGGAAGAGGAGACCGGAUCACAGAGCACCGCGCUGGAGCCACAGCAGCACAACACAGACACUGAGAGGAAACACUCAGCACCAGCGAAGAAAAACACCACUCUUUGGUAAAUAAAAAAAACAAUAGGAAACUAAUCCGGACGGAGCAUCUUUAUACCCCACCGACAGACCAGUCCGGUUGUAAAGAUGGGCGUCACCUCUCGCUUUCUUCUAUUGGUCGGCUUAUAUUUGGUGGCGGCGCUGAUUGGUGUAGCCCACUCCGAGGGGGUGUGUCUUCAAGACGGCAAGCACAAGGACGUGCCCAGCCCCGAGCCACACCUGAGGGAGUGUGGGCUGUACGCAGACAAUAGCUGCUGCACAGAGGAACACAUCCAGGAUAUCUCCCAUAUUCCCUCAGUUAUCAACAAGAAUGAGCCCUGGGACAAGUGUGGGCCCCUGAGCCAAGCGUGUGAAGGUUUCCUGAAGCGCGUAUCCUGUUUUUACCGCUGCUCCCCCGAUGCCGCACGCUGGCCCCAUCCCCACCGCCGCUCAUACAUCCAGGCUGUGCCGCUCUGCCACAGCUUCUGCCGUGAUUGGUUUGAUGCCUGCAGGAUGGACUUGACAUGUGCUCGUAACUGGGCCAGAGACCCCAGGGGACAGAACUGCACUGGGACCUGCAUUCAGUAUCAGCAGAUGUACCAACAUGGCCGUGAUCUUUGUGAGAGCCUCUGGGGCGACGCCUUCAUGACGGUGGAGGAUGAGCCGGAGGAGGUCGCUGAAGUGGGAGAGGCUGGGGCCGAGGGCGACGGCGCUCACCCCUGCGGCUGUCUGACCCUCAGCCCCUCUGACAAGGACGUGAUCGCCGCCCUCAGGGCCCAGCAGGAUGACCCUGAGGAGCUGGACACCACCAAGACUGGCCUGCCCCAGUACCGGGCCCCCUGCCAGACCAAGCUGCCCCUGCAGGCCAGGAGUGGCAGGAAGGGGAACUCUGUGCUGCGUAAGCGCUCGGUCAUCGUGGACGACGUCGAGGGAAGUGGUAGUGGCCUGUAAACAGUGAUAGAUGAAUAUAUUUAGAGGUAAUUCUACAUCUUAAUAUCUCUCUUUUAUUGGAGUUAAAAGUUUGCUCCUGUUACUAACCUUAUCUUAUGAAACUAAGCUCUCAGCAUCACAUUUCACAUAAUAUCACUAUGAUUUCACAUAUUCCAUGUAAGGUAUGUGGCAAGCCAAUUGUACUUCAAAUAAUGACCUAGUAGGCUGGGAGGCUGUUACCAUGGGACCCUACUUCAGAAAAAACUACAGCAGUCAAUGGCAAGACACCAAUAAUUUUUUAAAUCUAAUUUUAAUUAUGAUAUAAUAUGCAUAUAAUGUUUGUCAAUUUCAAAGAGAAUGUUACCAGUCAAGAUACACUUUGUGGUAAAGAUAGUAAAAUAUUUAUUUACUUUAAUGUGAAAAGACUCAAUGGACUGUAUCUUUAGUCUCACAUAGUACCAACCCUGAAAAGGUCAACACCGUCAGAACAAGUGGAAAAGUAUUAAAAGAUGAAAAUCACUACAACAUACUGCUGAGACCUGCAGAGCAGACCUCCAGCAGCUUGUGAUAAAGUGACUUUUGGCUGCAUAAAUAUUCUAAUUAUGCAUUGAGUGACUCAUAUUCAUUGGAUCUGACUGCCAAAACUACGGUUUCAUGGGGCUACUGGAAAAGAUGAGACUUGCCUCCUUAUAAGCCAGUUCACAGUUCAGAGAAUGAAGGUCAGAGGUCAAGGCACAUAAACAAAAAACAAAUACAUACAGGCACAUUUGUUCUGGUGUUUACUUUGCAGCAAUGAAAUGCCUGUGGAAAGGGGAGGGUUUGCAACAAUAACUAAAAAUAAGUCCUACCUGAGUACAUUUGAUCAUACACUGAGAAUUAAAGUGUUUUAGGUGUUUUUCUUUCCACUUGUCAUAUUGAUAUGAUGUUAUAGAUGAAAGGGGGGCUUUAUUUAUUUAUUCUGAGUUGGCAUACAGUGUCUGUGAUUAUUGUACCAAAAGGCCUGGUGUUCAGCCAUGGUUGAGCCAUUACAUGAAAUAUGAACAACAUUCCUAUUCAACAGAUUUUGACACAAAUGCAUUACUAUAACUGACUGGACUGGAGCAGAUGAGUUAAAAACCUUUACGAAGCCAAAAAGCUCUUGAUCGUGUCCCUCAUGUAGUCAGAUGCAUUGUUUGUUUAUAUGCCUUUGACUCUGCAGUGGAGUGGCGUGCACAGUCUCCCAAACUGUGAACCAGCAAUUAAAAACAAUUAUUUUUUAGGGUGCACCAACUGAAAAGAACGAAAUUCUCCUUUAAUUGUGAAAGGGCUCUGAUUACAAUACGAUGAUGAUAGUAGUUACACACAGGAUAUGCUACUUGCUUUUUAUGGCUUUUCAUUAAAAAAAACUCCAUGUAUGGAUGUAAGGAUAUAUUACAUUAGGACAUAAAGUGUGUAAAGAAGUCUGUGUAGAAGAAAUGUAACAUCCUACAGCAACAGGACUUCUGCAUGAAUCAAGCCAUAGGGCAAUUCAUGACAACAAGCACAUAUUGUAAACAUUACAUACUACACUACCUUGAUACUGUUUUCAGUCAACUACUUUAUUCUGUGCAUUAGUCAGACUGUUAAAUGCAGAACUUACUGUUGUGAUGCCGUACCGUGCAGUCUACUCGUCAUGAGGUUUGUACAAUAGUGGAGAAAUGCUAAUAAUAAUGAAUGUAACUUAGGCUUUCUUACAGAGACUGCUGGCCUGAGCGUAAGGUGAUCUGGUAUGAUAAUAUGAGGCAGAGAUAUGAUUUGUAUCUGCAGGAAGGUUUUAAUAUUCAGAGACAAAAAAAUCUGCUCACCAGGGAGUGAAAUUCCACCAGAUAAGGUUGUUCUGGCAGUUUUGUCACCAAUGUACUUGUCUGUGGAUGUUUCUUUUAUAAUUGUGUUUCUAGAUUGAGGCACUGUUAGAUUUAAGUGUUUUGUAAAAUAAAUAAAUAAAUUAAAAAAUAAAAAAUAAAAAAUAAAAAAGGAAAUGUCUGAUUUGUGGUAAGCUUGUUGAAAAGGGUAUUUCUGUGCUUGUCUUUAUGUUCUCAAUAAAGAAACAUUUUUAAACGUCA